AUAUUUAUGUGUUCAAAUAAAUAAUUGUAGAACUUGAAGAGAAUUUUAUUGAAAAGAAUAUUUUUCGUUCACAUAUCUAUGGUUUUCAAUUCAUCAUAGGGCGUUUGAAUUUUCGUAUGGCCAAGUCUUCAGUAAACCUUAAUAUGUUCCCUUUACUACUUGUAUUACACCAAAAAAGCCGUUUUAAGAUCCAUCUUAUUAUCUAUUUCAACUUUAUGUUUGGUAAUAGAGGAUUUUAGAUGUUUAUCGUCUACACUUGAUUUUAAUUGUUUUUGAAAUCAUACAGAUACAUAAUCAGACACGCUAAUUUGAAGAUUACGAUUAUCCUUCCCUAUAUAUGUGUGGCCACGUACAUAUUUAAAUUGUGGUAUAUAUAUAUGUACACAAUAUGUCAUCUAAUAGUUUAAAUGAACUCAUUCAUAAUCUGCUCAUAUUCAUCUUAGAAUAUAAUUGGAUAUAUAAUUUUCAAUGGAUUGGUGAUUUAUGUAAGAUUAAUAAAGAUUCUUCUAAUUUAUGUAUAUCACCUAUUAUUGACACUUUACCAACAUCUUGGAAAAAUGUAUUAAAAAGUGCGAGUCUUCAAGAAUUACAAAUGUUUGUUUUGGGUACUUCAAAUUUAUCCCAUUGGCCUAAUAAUCUUAUAAAUUUAUCUAUUCAAUGUCGUCAAUUCACAAGAUUAUUAUUUCAAUAUAUUAUAUUCAAAUCAAAUAAACAAUUUCCUUGUUGUUAUUUCAAUUCUAAUAGUAUAUGUACAGAUUUAAUCACAUGUAUACAAAUGAAUAAUAUAGAAAAGAAUUAUCUUUUAAAAUUAUCAAAAAAGAAAUCAUAUGAACUUAAACAAAUAUCGAUACUUAUUCAAACAAUCUUAUUAUCAGUUGUGAAUAGUACUACGACGACAACUGCCACGACGACGACGACGACAACGACUACUACUACUACUACUACUACUACGACGACGACGACUACCACUAAUAGUAAUAAUAAUGAUGGAUUUGUUAGUUCUUCACAAGAUAUAUUCCACUUUAAUGAAUUUCUACUGAAUAAUGAACAUAUUAGUGAUCAUUUUCAAAAUAUUCCUUUAAUCAGUAAUGAAUUGAUAGAAAAUAGUAUUAUGAAAGAUCGAAAUUCAAGCAUCCCACUUAAAAUUAUUGAUAUUGGUUCCGGAUUAGGCUAUUUAUCUAAUUAUAUUGGUUAUCAUCUAAUACUUAAAUAUGGGGAUUUAUUUACAGAACCUCAAAUUAUUGCAGUUGAAUGUGAUGAGGGUUUACAUUUUAAAGCUUUGACAAAUUUAAGCCAGUAUAAUUCAAUAUUUCAAGUGAAAUCUUUAACUUCAGUUGUGAAACGAUUACUAUUUCGUGUUAAAUCGACGAAUUUAGAUUUGUUACAAACAAGACUUUAUCAAUUCACUUCUGGUUAUAAUUACUUAUUACUUGGUUUACAUUGUUGUGGAGAUUUAAGUCAAUCUAUGAUAGAAUUAUUUCAUCAAGAUUGUUCAGCAAAAAUUCUACUAUUAGUCGGAUGUUGUUAUCAUAAAAUGACAGUGGAAAAGUUUCCUACUAGUGAUUACUUACGUAAAGCGAUGUUAAAUUGUGAUAUGAACUUUAUUGAAAAAUGUAUUACACCAGCUACACUACGUUUAGCCUGUCAACAUUCACCUUUAACAUGGUUAAAUUGGACAGAAUUAGAUGCUAAUAAACAUCGUAUACGUGUAUUGGCUCGUAUAAUUUUAGAUUUGAUAUUGAUCAAGUAUAACAAUUUGUCUAUGGUAUUUGAACGAUAUAAACGACUUGAUCCAGUGACACAAUGUGAUGCAAUAAAGAAAUUAUUAGCUACUAAUUAUCAUGAAAAUGAUGCGAAUGAUAAUCCUCGAUCACUUCACUUCAAUGAUGUGUAUCCACAUAUUAUCAACUUUUGGCAAAAGUACUUAGAAGAUAUACUAUGUUCCAAUCAGUCGACUAAUAGUGACUUAUGUUUCACGGAAUAUCGUGACUAUUUUGAAGAGAUAUGGAAUCUGAUACCAGGUCUAUUAGCUUUACAGCAAUUAUUUCAACCAUUACUUGAAACAAUUGUACUGUUUGAUCGUUUAUGGUAUCUUAGAGAAUAUGGCAACGUGAAUGGAAAAUAUGAUCAAGAUGAUCCUUAUCAAUAUUCUGGUUAUAUACGUAUUUUUGACCCAGUUUUAUCACCACGUUGUAUGGCAUUGUUAGUGUGUAAAAAAUAGGGGAAUGUAUGGGGAUUUAUGAUGUCCUGUUAGAUGACUUAUUUUAUAUUACAUUUUAUAAAGUAUAUUAUUUAUAAUUUAUCAUUGAUAGCUUUCUAACAUUUGUGAAAUGAUGCAUUUAGCUGUCGGUCAAUCAGAGAAAUGUUUGCAUCUCAAGUAAUCAGUUUUAAGAUGGAAUUGAUUGAAGUUAGUACAGUCAUGUAGUACGUUAGAUAGCAGUUCAGUGAUCUAGAGGAUAAGUGUUCGUGUGUAUAACUAAAGGUGAUUGGUUUGAUUCACGGAUAUAAGGGUCGUGGAUGCUCACUUUUGAGCAGUUCCAUAGUAGGACGAAACGUUUGUCUAGUGCUUCCAGGUUUUGAAACAUGCUUCAUGCUUGAUUAUAAGUGAAUUGGAACAGUAAAAGUAUGGUAUACAGACGAGUUAAUCACGAUCAAGAAUGACACUUUUCAUAUGCAACGUAGAAUCUAGCACAUAUUUACUCCCAAUCAUCUUGGUUACAAAAUAUAAAAAAAUAGAGAGGGAAACUUAUCAAAACAAAUCUCACGUAGUAUAUGUGGUUAUGGUAUCAAUGGUAGUGGCAAAGAUUUAGAAUAAACAUUAUUGUUCAAGAAAAGAGGAUGAAUUCACUGAGUAAGAAAUAUAAGGUCAUUUCUAAACUUUGGAUCCAAGUUCAGACUAAGAGUGAAUGUAUGUAUUUCAUUCCAAUCGAUUGUGUAUCAUAUUUAUCCAACCAUUUAUUAAAGUAAUCUUGAAAGCUUAAGUCAUGUUGUUUGCGUCAACCAACACAACUCAUUUCAACAGUGAAUCACUUCAUACACUAAUAUCAUAUUUUUCCAGAUUACUCUUACACC